AUGUCCACCACAAACCUCGCCGCUCUCACAUCCUCACAUCGCGCUAUCGCCGCCAAGAAGCGCGCAAAGAACCAGCAGCUUAAAGAGGUAGUCUUUGACGAGGAUGCCCGCAGAGAGUUCCUCACCGGCUUUCACAAGCGCAAACUAGCAAAGACCGAGGCUGCACGCGCAAAGGCAAAGGAGAGGGAGAAACAGGAGAGGCUCGAAGCUCGUCGCGAGCAACGCCGCAUGCUUCGUGAGCAGGCCCUCGAGAACGCAGCCUCCGUAGAAAAGGCAUAUGGCGCCGUCAUCGGUACACCCUCCCCGUUCUCACCCCACGUCAACUCUAACCCAUUCCCAGAUGACGACAACGACGACCACGACGACGAAUGGCACGGCAUUGGCACUGGCACUGGCAGCUCUCCCAACCCGGCCGACAUCGCGCGGGACGAGGAAUACGAAAACGACGAGACCCUUGCCACUGUCACCGUCGUCGAAGAUUUCGAUCCAGAUACCAUCAUACAUGGCCCUCCGAAGUCCGAACCCGCCCCUAAUCCCAUCCCCGCAUCGACAUCGACAUCGACACUCACACCCACAUCCCGUCCCGCCAAAAAGCCGUCCCAACCACCAUCAUCAAGUCAAUCUGCCAUAAAAUCCAAAUCUACACCACAGAAAAAGAUCCGCUACCAGACCAAGGACGCGCGGAAACGCGAACAGGUCAAACAGCGGGCCAGGAGGACCGAAAAGGCCGAGCUCGCUGGGGGGAAGGCGUCGAGGAAAUACAAGGGGUCCUCCCGAGGAGGCAGGGGGAAACAUGGCUCGAAGCGAUGA